CUAUGUGAGCACACACAGUCGCCUCAUUAAACUGAUGCGUUUAAUCAUCAAUUCAGCCGUAUCCCUCCCUCUCUCCUUCCAUUUUUUCCCCUCUCCCUCCAUUUCACGUGUGUGUCGUCGAGUGUGUGGACGGGUCAUGGCGUCAAACGCCACCACCAAGUUCUUCGCUCUCUCGCAGUCUUUUAGUUUUUCCGAUAUCAUCGUGAUCGGAGCUUAUUUUCUACUCAACGUUGCUGUCGGGAUAUGGUCAUCUUGCAGAGUAAGCAGAAACACACUUAAUGGCUACUUCCUGGCUGGCAGAGACAUGGCCUGGUGGCCGAUCGGAGCGUCUCUGUUUGCCAGCAGUGAAGGAUCAGGACUGUUUAUCGGUUUGGCCGGCACCGGGGCAGCAGGAGGCAUCGCUGUGGCAGGGUUCGAAUGGAACGCAACCUAUGUACUGUUGGCCCUGGCCUGGAUCUUUGUCCCAGUGUAUGUGUCCUCUGGGAUUGUCACAAUGCCCGAGUAUCUGGGUCGGCGUUUUGGCGGUGAGAGAAUUCGCAUGUAUCUGUCAGCUCUCAGUCUGAUGUUAUCCGUGUUUACCAAAAUCUCAACAGACCUGUAUUCUGGGGCCUUGUUUAUUCAGGUGUGUUUGGGUUGGAAUCUUUACCUCUCCACUGUUCUCAUGUUGGUGGUCACGGCACUCUACACUAUUGCAGGUGGUUUAGCUGCGGUGAUUUACACUGAUACACUGCAGACCUUCAUCAUGAUCAUUGGCGCGGUCAUCCUCACCAUCACAGCGUUCAACGAGAUUGGUGGUUAUGGCAAAUUGGAAAGCAUUUAUCUUGAGGCCGUGCCGAAGAAGAUAAUCCCGAACACGACGUGCCACCUUCCAAGGCAUGACGCCAUGCACCUCUUCCGAGAUCCAGUGCACGGUGACCUUCCCUGGCCGGGAAUGACGCUUGGAUUAACCAUCCUGGCUACCUGGUACUGGUGUACUGAUCAGGUUAUCGUGCAGAGAUCACUUUCAGCAAAAAACCUGAGCCAUGCUAAAGGGGCAUCAAUCUUUGCCAGCUACCUGAAAAUGCUACCAAUGAUCUUCAUCAUCCUUCCAGGCAUGAUCAGCAGAGCGCUCUACCCAGAUUCAGUGGGCUGUGUGGAUCCUGAGGAAUGUAUGAAGGUGUGCGGAGCGGAGGUCGGCUGUUCCAACAUCGCUUUUCCCAAACUGGUCAUCGAGCUCAUGCCUAGUGGACUGCGGGGCUUAAUGAUCGCCGUGAUGAUGGCCGCCCUGAUGUCCUCACUGACCUCCAUCUUUAACAGCAGCAGCACUUUAUUCACCAUGGACAUCUGGAAGAAAUAUCGGCGAGGGGCCAGUGAGAAGGAGCUGCUGCUGGUCGGGAGGAUCGUCACGGUCAUCCUCGUGGUCAUCAGUGUGGUCUGGAUCCCGAUUCUUCAGAGCGCCAACAGCGGUCAGCUCUACGUUUACAUCCAGUCAGUGACCAGCUACUUGGCUCCUCCCGUUACUGCCAUCUUUGUCAUGGCAGUGUUCUGGAAAAGAACCAAUGAGCCGGGAGCGUUCUGGGGUCUGAUGGUGGGUCUGGUUGUCGGCGUCACGCGGAUGGUUCUGGAAUUCGCCUUCCCACCCCCCCGCUGCGGCGUCUUCGACCCCGCGCCUCCCGUCCUGCGGAGCGUCCACUACCUGCACUUCGCCAUCAUCCUUUGCGCCAUCACCGUUAUUGUCACCGUCGCCAUCAGCCUCCUCACCCCCGCCCCCUCCGAGGAACAGAUUCACAACCUGACCUGGUGGACCCUCAGACGCAGCACUGACAGAGAUAUACCUCUACAGAAAGUCUCAACACUCACUCAGAGAACAGAGGGUUGUGAGUCCGUGCGCAGAGGGAAGUGUGUGCGCACCGCUGGAUUCUGUAGUCCUCGGCCCGGGCGUGGCGCUCCUGGGACUCCGCCCCCUGCGAUACGGAGCAUGAGGGAAGAUCCGUUUUGGUCGCGAUUCUGCUGCAUCAACGCUGUUAUUCUCAUGUGUGUUAAUAUAUUCCUUUAUGCUUACUAUGCAUAACACACAUACAUACACUCAUACACACACACACACACACACGAUGCACAUGCUCACACAUACACAAACAUACACACACACACUCAUAUACACACAUACUCAUACAUAAACACACACUCAGACACACACACACAUUCACACACACACAUACUCACACUCAGACACACACACAUGCUCAUAUAUGCAUACACACACACACUUAGACACUCACACUCAGACACACACAGUUUCAAAUGCAAAAGUAACAGUCAGGUCAGUGCGAUUGGACAAUCUGUUUUUUUUAAAUAAUUUUAAAUCCUUGGUUUUAUAUUUUACAUGUUACACAUACACACACACACACACACACACACUACUGAUGUAAAUUGGUCAGUAAUCAGAAUGUCAUAGAGUGUGAAGUUCCUGUUACUGUUACAGCAGCAUCAAUGUUUCCUUUAUUAAAAAGAAAAACAAACACUUUCCAUCUGUUUACAGUUAACGUUGUGUUACGCCACAAAACCAGUCCUUGUGAGUCUUGUGGAAAAAAAUAGUGGAGUUAAACUGGAGACUCCUUCCAUAGCCGUUAAAUAAACCUCAUGUCACUGUAUGUAUGAGCAGGUUACACACUGAGAUUCAGCUGUUGCUAUAGAAACGACAGUUAGCAAAUUCAUAUUAAAGCUAUUUUUAUUUAUAAUAAAGCUAAUAAUGAGAAGAAAAAUUUCAUUGACGAUUCCUCAAAGCGCUGACACUGGAGACUCCUUCCACAGAGGUUGAAGAAACAUCUUCUCACAGAAACCUCAGCAUUUAUUAAAAACUUUACAACGUGUUUAUGGUCAACAUCUGCCUUGAAUUAGCUGUUACUAUAGAAACCGUAACAGACCAUAAUUAUUUUUGUUCCGGUGCCUUCUGACCAAUCACAAUUCGGCCGCUGUGUUGUGUAACCGUCCUGAAACGGGGUUUAACCCUGUGUGUUGGGAAUGUUGAGGAAACGUGCAGUCAAACUUCUGAACCCUGCUGCACUUUAUCCCACAUGACUGUCGUAGUUAUUCUUUUUAUUGAAAAGAGAGCUUACACGUCGCAGGAUGGGAAAAAAAUAUGAUAGUCGACUUAAUCCGUGGAAAGAUGAUCUCAUAAUGGAUGAAACUGGAGAUGAGGUUUACUCCUGACCUUUAGAGUUUCGGCAAAACCUUUUGAUUUUAGAGCCUUGAAUCACUUUCACAUAAGUCCCUUAAUUCCUCACUGCUUUCACUAGAUGACAGGUAACUACAGGUUUAGCUACAGCUUUUAGCACAAAGACACUGAAUUCUGAUUGGUUAUAACAGAGGCUACUGCAUAGGAACAGAUCAGAACGGCUAGUAACAGCUUGUAACAGAGAGUAUUAGCUAGUAACAGAGAGUAUUAGCUAGUGACAGAGAGUAUUAGCUUGUAACAGAGAGUAUUAGCUAGUGACAAAGAGUA